GGGGACGAGACUUUUAAUGAACAGCAGCCUGUUAUCCCCAGCUCCCCAGCAUCACAGACAGGGCCAACUGCCCCUCCACAGCAUACCCAGUGCGCAGGGGGGUCUAUCAAAGCGGGGCAGCAACACGGGUCUGAAGAAUGCAGCAGCGAGCAAGACCCGGUCGCGGACUCGCAGGGGGCGUGGGUGUAUCUUGCCUCCACGCAACUGUUUAGCAAGGCCGGGCAGCCACCUCCGUUUACACCAAGGGACAGAGGGCAGCCGGUCGAGACCUAUUAUAGCAGGGGGCGGAGGCAGCAAGAGGAUCGUCCAUCCGGGUCGCUAUACCAGCAGCAGAGCUCCCCCCAGUUUUUCUCCCCUCCCAGGAGCAUACGGCAUUGCCCUUCCCCUUACGGAUAUGCAAGGGCACUGAGGUCGCCAGCCGGGGCCGCUUUUCAUGCAGUUACAUCACCGCAGGAGUUCAGCGGGCAGCAUCACGGUUGCCGCUGCUGCUAGGAGCGGUCCGAGAGGCACUAUCACAGGGACAUGCGAGGGGACAUUCAUCAAUUUUUACGCAUCGGCAGGAGCGAUCAGCACGGAAAUCGGCUACACCACCCCGGAAGCGAGCCAGCGCGAGGGGUGGAGCAUCAGCAGGGCGGAGCACCAUCGGAGUCUAGUCAGGCACCGCCGGAGAAUUGCAACACGGCCCGCGCCGCACCCAGCGCAGCUACCACAGCAGCACGACAGGCAGCGACCUUGGCGGCUACUUCAGCGGCCGCACUCGUCAUCAAGCCCAGCGGACCAGCGCAAGAAUUAAACGGCACGACCAGUGCUACGUUCAGCGUGGUUUCGGCGACAGCAAUGCAGCUCCCUCAUGGCACAGCCAGCGAGGGCAAUCCAGGAGCCGCAGCAGACGACAACAGCGGGACAGACGAUUCUUCUUCGCGCAAGGACGGCCUACAGCUAAACAAUGUGAACCUGCAGCAAAGCAAAAAUGCUUCCACUCACAGAACCAGUGACUAUGACACUAGCGAUUUGGUUGUUAGGAGAGGGCAGACGUUUGAGAUUGCUCUCACAUUCAACAGAGCUGUCCAGUCUGGAGAUAAACUCUCAAUAACUGUGGAAACAGGUCCUUCUCCAUCUGAAUCCAAAAACACAAGGGCAGUAAUGCCAGUUUCCAGCUCUGGGAAUGGAACAUCUUGGAACGCAGUACGUGGAUCUGGCAGUAACAGCUCCAUGACAGUUACCAUCAAUGCGCCAGUGAAUGCAUGCAUUGGGCAAUACAAGAUGAGUCUACAGGUCACCAGUGGAGGGCGCACCACUUCAGCCAGUCUAGGAAAAUUCUAUUUGCUAUUUAACCCCUGGGCAUCAGGUGAUGAUGUGUACAUGAGCAGUAACUCAGAAAGAGGGGAGUAUGUUCUUAAUGAGACUGGACUAUACUGGUUUGGAAAUGUUAAUGAAUAUGGAAGUAGAAGAUGGGACUAUGGACAGUUUGAAAGUGAUAUUUUGAACAUCGUGAUCACCAUGUUGGACAGCAGUGUAGAUUACCAGAAGGAUGCAGCUACAGACGUCUCCCGAAGAAAUGAUCCCGUUUAUGUGGGAAGAGUGCUGAGUGCUAUGGUAAACAGUAUUGAUGACAAUGGGAUCAUUGUGGGGAACUGGAGUGGUGAUUACUCUGGGGGAGUGAGCCCCACACAAUGGAAUGGAAGUGCCCCAAUCCUGCGCAAGUGGAAGCAGAGUGGACCAGUUAAAUAUGGCCAAUGCUGGGUAUACGCUGGAGUACUUUGCACAGUACUCAGAUGUCUGGGGAUACCUGCUCGUGUGAUCAUAAACUUUGAAUCGGCUCAUGACACUGAUGGGAAUCUUGUUGUGAAUAAUUAUUACGAUGAGAAUGGAAAAAAGAAUAACAACUUGACAAAUGACAGUGUGUGGAAUUUCCAUGCCUGGGAUGAAGCAUGGUUUGCUAGAAAGGACCUUGGAUCCCUUUAUAAUGGGUGGCAGAUAUUGGAUGCAACGCCACAGGAGCAAAGUCAAGGUAUGUACCGCUUAGGACCAUCCUCACUAAAGGCUGUGAAAGAGGGAGACGUGGACCUUGACUUUGAUACCCCCUUUGUGUUUGCUGAGGUGAAUGCAGACGUAGAGCACUGGGUUGUGUAUAGUAAUGGAAGUAAAAAAAUGAUUUACUCUGAGCCUAAAGCUGUGGGACGACUCACCAGCACGAAAGCAGUUGGUUCCUUCACUCGUAUGGAUGUAACAAAUGACUACAAAUACCCUGAAGGCUCUAGCAAGGAAAGAGAGAUAUUUAACAAAGCUAAAGCUAAAAUACAACCACCAAGAAUGUAUAGCAGAAUGGCAGCAGUGUCAUUGCGUGAAGGGGAAACAGUAAUAAAACCUACAUUUUCUGGCACUUUUAAGAAGAUUGGAGAACCACAGGUUGGGGAGGAUUUUACAAUCCCCCUUAUUCUCAAAAACACUGUUGCUGACACCAAGACUGUGAAGGUCAACAUAACCGCCACCGUCAUCAUCUAUAACACUACACCCGUCAAGGAUAUUCUUACUGAAGCCCAGUCUGUGACGCUGGGACCUAAUGAAGAAAAAAGUAUCCCAAUAAAAAUGACAUACGAUCAAUAUGAAAAAGCCUUAACCCCAGACAAUAUGAUCCAAUUUGUGGCGGUGUGUGAGGACACAAAUGGAGGGAGACUGCUGGCAGACACUGUGGUUACACUGAAGAACCCACCAUUGCUGCUAAGGGUUAGAGACGAACCUAAACUGAAUAAACUUGCUACUGUGGAUCUGAUAUUCUCCAAUCCCAUUCAAGAGAAUGUUGCUGAAAGCCUUGUGACUGUAGAGGGGAGUGGCCUUAUGAAGACACAAAUGAAUGUUAAAGUGCCAUGUCUGAAGCCAAAUCAAAGAGUUACAGUCCAGUUUGAGUUUUUCCCGUACCGAUGCGGUGAAAGAAGUCUCUUGGCAGAUUUCUCCUCUGACAAAUUCCAAAAUGUCAAGGCGUUUCAGUCCGUGAAAGUAGCUUCAUCUUAAACAAGGCUAUAUUACUGUAGUGGAAAAAACUCUUGUUUCAAAAAUAAAAAUGUAUGUGUUGAAAUAUC